CCCAUUGAGUAAGAAAAAAAAAUGGAAACAGAAGAGAAACAGCUUCAAAAUUUGCUGAAAUGGGCAGCACAUCUCGGAAUAACAGACUCUACUAAUGGAACCCCUUCUCACUCUCGCUCUUGUUUAGGCCACUCUCUUAUCGUCUCUCAUUUCCCUCUAGCAGGCGGAAGAGGAUUGGGUGCUGUGCGUGAUCUCAGAAAAGGAGCGUUGAUACUAAAAGUCCCAAAAUCAGCUUUAUUUACAGCACAGUCUUCAUUGAAUGAGGAUCACAAUCUAUCUCAUGCCAUCAAUUCACACUCUUCUCUUUCCUCUACCCAGAUAUUGACUUUAUGUUUAUUAUAUGAAAUGGGUAAAGGAAAAAAUUCACGGUGGCAUCCUUACUUGGUGCUUCUGCCGCGUAGUUAUGAUCUACUUGCAACUUUUGGCCAAUUUGAGCAGCGUGCUCUGCAAGUAGAUGAUGCUAUCUGGGCUGCAGAGAAGGCGACGUUGAAAGCUGAAUUGGAGUGGAAAGAAGCCAGUAAAGUAAUGGAACAACUUCAGCUAAAGCCUCAACUUGUCUCAUUUAGGGCAUGGCUUUGGGCUUCUGCAACUGUUUCAUCUCGGACAAUGCAUAUAGCAUGGGAUGAAGCUGGGUGUUUAUGUCCUGUGGGAGAUUUAUUCAACUAUGCUGCACCUGGGGAAGAGCCAAAUGGCUCUGAAAAUGUGGGAGGUACAAUGAAUUCCUCAUCCCUCGCAGAGGGUGAUGGAGAAAGUAUCUUAGAUUCUGAGAAAAUCAAUCCUCAACUGCAGAGGUUAACAGAUGGUUGGUUCGAGGAAGAAGCUAAUGCUUACUGUUUUUAUGCUAGGCUAAGCUAUAGAAAGGGAGAACAGGUUCUCUUAAGUUAUGGGACAUAUACAAAUUUAGAGCUGCUCGAACACUAUGGAUUUCUUUUAAAUGAAAAUCCAAAUGACAAGGUUUUUAUACCAUUAGACACUGGCAUUUAUUCAUCUGGUUCAUGGCCCAAGGAAUCACAGUAUAUCCAUCAAAAUGGGAAACCAUCAUUUGCUCUAUUAUCUGCUUUGCGAUUAUGGCUGACACCUGUGAACCAGCGAAGAGCAGUUGGACACCUUGCUUAUUCAGGGUGUCAACUCUCCGUAGACAAUGAGGUAUCUGUUAUGAAAUGGAUAUUGAAGAAUUGCCAGGAUCAGUUGAAUAAUUUGCCAACUUCAAUCGAAGAAGACAUCAUUUUACUGUCUACCAUCGACAAAAUCCAAGAGUUCAAUACCCCUACGGAGCUGAAAAGGCAUUUGUCAACUUUUGGAGGUGAGGCUUGCACAUUCUUAGAGGCCAAUGGUUUGCAGAGUGGAAGGAAUGGUGCUGAGUUAUCAUUAUCGGGUAAGACUAAAUUGUCUAUACAAAGGUGGAAAUUGGCAGUUCAGUGGAGACUUAGAUAUAAGAGAACUCUUGCUGAUUGCAUUUCUUAUUGUUGUGAGUUAAUCAAACCAGUACAACUAAACAGCUCAUAAGGUAACGUUCCUUUAUGAAUCAAAUUUAGUCUACAAUCAAUUAAUUAAGAUUUUAGACA